GGGUCUCCGGGCAGGUGUCCCCCUACCUCGGCGCGUCCCGCGGGGUCUCCCGCCCCGAGGUGCACGGGCGGAGGGCGCCUCCCCCGGACCCUGGCCCCGCGAGGGGGGCGCCGGCGCGGCGCAGCCCCCACCCCUGCGACCCCCGGGGGGCGCCCGGGAGGGAGCCCCCUCCCCGGCGCUGCCAAAGUGUCCCGAAGUUGCGGUCCCGCCCGUCCUCGGCGGGCAGUGCCCGGCCGGUGGGCACUCGCAGGUGCUUCCUCCGGGCCUGGACCCCCGCCACGACUGCCAGCCCACGGACGGGCCCCCGGGGAGCCCCCAGGCCCCCAGGGCAGCGCCUGCAGCCAGGCCCGGAGACCCGGCCCCGCCCCGGUUGCCUGGGCCCGGCCUCCCCACUCUCUCCCUGGGGAAGGCGCCUCAUUCCUGCCCUUCACUUUCCGCCGUUACCUUGAAGAUCCACAAUGCCCCACUGAGCCAGCCUGGCAGCUGAGUGGAAGCAAGCAAGAAGCAUCCAUGGAGGGUCCCCUGGCAGGGGGCCUGGCCGCCCCGGAUCGUCCCCGUGGCCCAGAGAGACUGCCCGGUCCGGCGCCCAAGGAAGACAUCAAGGGUGGGACUGAGGCCGCCGAGGGGGAAGGUGGCAUCUUCCGGUCCACCCAUUACCUGCCCAUCACCAAGGAGGGCUCCCGAGACAUUCUGGACGGCAGAGGUGGCCUUUCCGGCGGGCAGUCCCAUCCCGGCCUCCGCGAAGCCCUCCCCCACACCACCUCCGCCACCCAUCGGAUCAGCAGCUGCUGCUGGGAUGGAGGCGGCCUGGACCUCCGGCCAGGUUCCCCACCACCCCAUCUCCUGGGCCACUUCCCCGGCCCCCAUGAUGGCAGGGGGCCCUGGGAGCCUGCCCUGGUCCAGGAGGCUGGGGAGGGCCUCCCCUCAGAGCGGAUGUUCGAGGACUCGGUCAUUGUGAGAACUGUGAAACCCCACGCCGAGCUCGAGGCUUCUACAAGGUUCUUGCACCACCAGGGCGAAACCAAGCUCACAGAGAAGGGCCCCCGAGGCCACUCCAGGUUCAACUGGCUCCAAGAUGUGGAUGAGCAGACCCCCCGCCAGGACCCCGGGCUGCCCCUGGACCUGCCGCCCCAGCCACCGCCCCUCGCCUCCUAUAGGAGGGUUCUCUUGCCAAUGGAAGACAUCCCCAAGACGACGGACGUGGCGGCGCUGGCAGGCACCCAAGAGGACCCGGAAGACCCCGAGAUGCUGGCCCAGCCAUCUGAGUGGGGCCUGCCUGGGUCGGCCACGGCAGUGGCCACACAGACGUGGACGGUGAACUCAGAGGCGUCAGUGGAGCGGCUGCAGCCGCUGCUGCCCCCCGUGCGGCCCGGCGCCUACCUGUGUGAGCUGCUGGAGGAGGUGACUGAGGCGGGAGUCAGCCUGCACGAGGACGAGGACGAAGACGAGGAGCCGGCCGUGUUCCCGUGCAUCGAGUGCAGCAUCUACUUCAGGCAGAAGGAGCACCUUCUAGAACACAUGAGCCAGCACAGCCGGGCCCCCAGCCAGGAGCCCCCCGCCGACCUGACCCCACUGGCCUGCGGUGAGUGCGGCUGGGCCUUUGCCGACCCCGGCGCCCUCGAGCGGCACCGGCAGCUGCACCAGGCCUCUCGGGAGAAGAUCAUCGAGGAGAUCCAGAAGCUGAAGCAGGCCCCAGGUGACGAGGGCCGGGAGGCACAGCUGCAGUGUUCCCAGUGUGUCUUCGGCACCAACUCGUCCAAGAUCUUCACACAGCACGCCAAGCUGCACGUGCGCACGCGGCGGAGCCAGGCAGCCAGGGAGCCCUUUGGGGGUGGCGGUGGCAGCACAGCCGCCGGCAGCCCGGGCCCUGAAGCCAUCCUCGCCUACCAGCCCUUCAGAUCCGCAGCAGGGCUCAGCGCCUGCAUCUUCUGCGGGUUCCCUGCGCCCAGUGAGAGGCUGCUCCAGGAGCACAUGAGGUUUUUGCAUGCCCGUCCCCACUGGGACGACGGCGAGGCAUUCGAAGAGGACCCUGCAGGCCAACCAGGCACGAGCCAUGACAUGAAUGCCCACUUCCCCGACGUGGCCGUGGACUACUUUGGCAAAGCUGAGCCGCUGGCAGCCCCCAUGUGGCGGGAGAGCCCCGUCGGAUUCGACGCCAGCCUGGCCUUCAGCCCAGCCUGCCAGCAGCUGGGCGUGCGGGAUCUCCCACUGGCAAAGUUGCUUCCGUACGGUGCAACCCAGAGGCCUCUGGGAAAGCCAGCUUUCCCUUCACCAUUAGCGUCCGCCCCUUACUCCUUGCUGCCUGGUAGAAAUACGAGCUCCAUCCACCUGCACGAGCUGGAGGGCGCCACAGGCUGCGAGCUCCCAGCCCCCCUGGCGGACGCCAGGCACCCUUGGAGCGGAGCGGCUGAGGAUCUGCUGCUGACCUCCGAAAUGGACUUCUCCCUGGAGAACGGGCUCUUUCCAUCCCCGGCCGCCACCACCCCCAUCCCCGAGCCGGCCCUGGAGCUCAAGCGGACCUUCCGUGAAGCCCUGAGGGCAGCUGAGGCCUCAUGUGCCCAGUGGCAACAGCUCCGCCAGAUGGUGCCCAUUGUCAUGGUGGCAAGGCUGGGGCCACAGGUCCUGGCGGCGGCCCGGGCACCCCCAAGGCUGCAGCCCGAGGAGCUGGGGCUGGCAGGCGCCCACCCCCUGGACUUCCUGCUGCUGGACGGACCGCUGAGUGGGUCCCUGGGGCUGGGCACGCUGCUGGACGGGGACCCGGCAGCGCUGAAGCACGAGGAGCGUAAGUGCCCCUACUGCCCCGAUCGCUUCCACAAUGGCAUCGGCCUGGCCAACCACGUCCGGGGCCACCUGAACCGCGUGGGCGUCAGCUACAACGUGCGCCACUUCAUCUCUGCCGAGGAGGUGAAGGCCAUCGAGCGUAGGUUCUCCUUCCAGAAGAAGAAGAAGAAAGUGGCCAACUUCGACCCGGGCACCUUCAGCUUGAUGCGCUGUGAUUUCUGCGGGGCGGGCUUCGACACACGGGCCGGCCUCUCCAGCCACGCCCGGGCCCACCUGCGGGACUUUGGCAUCACCAACUGGGAGCUCACCAUCUCGCCCAUCAAUAUCCUGCAGGAGCUGCUAGCCACCUCGGCUGCCGAGCGGCCCCCCAGCCCCCUGGGCCUUGAGCCCGGGGGGGCUCCUGGCAGCUUCCUCGCCUCCCGCCGGCCCCGCUUAGCUCUUACAGUGCCCUUCCCUCCCACUUGGGCUGAGGACCCUGGGCCAGCCUACGGAGAUGGCCUGGGUCCUGAAGAGAACACAAUGGUGGCCGUGGACCUGGGUUCCCCCCCACUCCUCAAGAAGAGCCUGCCUGUCCCCGGGCCCCUGGAGCAGGUGGCCUGUCGGCUGAGCAGCAAAGUGGCUGCCGAGGUUUCUCAUGGCAGCAAGCAGGAGCUGCCAGACCUCAAGGCCCAGAGCCUGACAACCUGCGAGGUCUGUGGCGCCUGCUUCGAGACGCGCAAGGGGCUGUCGAGCCACGCGCGCUCCCACCUGCGGCAGCUGGGGGUGGCUGAGUCGGAGAGCAGCGGCGCCCCCAUCGACCUCCUCUAUGAGCUCGUCAAGCAGCAGGGCCUGCCCGACGCGCCCCUCGGGCUGCCCCCGGGCCUGGCCAAGAAGUCCAACUCUCCAAAGGAGGUGGUCGCCGGGGCCCCCCGGCCUGGCCUGCUCGCCCUGGCCAAGCCCCUGGACGCUCCCUCUGUGAACAAGGCCAUCAAGUCGCCCCCUGGCUUCUCGGCCAAGGGCCUGGCCCACCCACCCAGCUCCCCGCUCCUCAAGAAGGCACCGCUGGCCCUCGCGGGCUCCCCCACCCCCAAGAAUCCCGAGGACAAGAGCCCCCAGCUGUCCCUGAGCCCCCGGCCGGCUUCCCCAAAGGCACAGUGGCCCCAGUCUGAGGACGAGGGGCCCCUGAACCUCACUUUAGAUAGUGACGGGGGCAGAGAGCUGGACUGCCAGCUGUGCGGUGCCUGGUUUGAGACCCGCAAGGGCCUGUCCAGCCACGCCCGUGCCCACCUGCGCCACCUGGGCGUCAGCGACCCGGACGCCAAGGGAUCCCCCAUAGACGUGCUGCACGGGCUCAUCAGGAGGGACGUCCGCCUCCCGCCCGGGCGCGGCGCCCUGGCCCAGCUGGCGCGGCCUCCUCCCACCUGCGGGGCCCUCUCCUUGCUCCCCUCCCCACCGCCGGCCAAGAAGGCCAAGCUGAAGGCCGCGGGUCCGGCCAGCCCCUGGGGGAAGCAGGACCUCUCGGCCGCCGGCAUUUUCUGGGCCUCUGAUGUGGAGCCGUCUCCUCUCAACCUCUCCUCGAGCUCUGAGCCGACGCGCGACAUCCGCUGCGAGUUCUGCGGCGAGUUCUUCGAGAACCGCAAGGGCCUGUCCAGCCACGCGCGCUCCCACCUGCGGCAGAUGGGUGUGACCGAGUGGUAUGUCAACGGCUCGCCCAUCGACACGCUGCGGGAGAUCCUGAAGAGACGGACCCAGUCCCGGCCUGGCGGACCCCCGACCCUGCCUGGGCCAAGCCCGAAAGCCGUGGCCAAGAUGGUGGGCGGCGGGGGGCCUGGCAGCUCCCUGGAAGCCCGCAGCCCUACCGACCUUCACAUCUCGCCCCUGGCCAAGAAAUUGCCGCCGCCACCAGGCAGCCCCCUGGGCCACUCACCCACCACCUCUCCUCCUCCCACGGCACGGAAAAUGUUCCCGGGCCUGGCCACGUCCUCCCUGCCCCGGAAGCUGAAGCCUGAACACAUGCGGGUGGAGAUCAAGCGGGAGCUGCUGCCCGGGGCCUUGCACGGGGAGCCACACCCCUCUGAGGGUCCCUGGGCGGCCCCACGGGAAGACAUGACGCCCCUGAACCUGUCGUCCCGGGCCGAGCCAGCGCGUGACAUCCGCUGCGAGUUCUGCGGUGAGUUCUUUGAGAACCGCAAGGGCCUGUCGAGCCACGCGCGCUCCCACCUGCGGCAGAUGGGCGUAACCGAGUGGUCUGUCAACGGCUCGCCCAUCGACACGCUGCGGGAGAUCCUCAAGAAGAAGACCAAGCCGUGCCUCAUCAAGAAGGAGCCCCCGGCCGGAGACCUGGCCCCUGCCUUGGCCGAGGACGGGUCCCCCACCGCGGCUCCUGGGUCCGUGCAAGCCCCCCUGCCGCUGGUGCCUCUGGCUGGCCGGCCCAGCAAGCUGGGAGCUGGGCCUGGCCAGAUUCCCCGGGAGCUCAGCUUGACACCCAUCGCCGGAGCCAAGCCCUCAGCCACGGGUUACCUGGGCUCGGUGGCAGCCAAGCGGCCCCUGCAGGAGGACCGCCUCCUGCCGGCAGAGGUCAAGGCCAAGACCUACAUCCAGACUGAACUGCCCUUCAAGGCAAAGACCCUCCAUGAGAAGGCCUCCCACUCCUCCACCGAGGCCUGCUGUGAGCUGUGCGGCCUCUACUUUGAGAACCGCAAGGCCCUGGCCAGCCACGCACGGGCACACCUGCGGCAGUUCGGCGUGACUGAGUGGUGCGUCAAUGGCUCACCCAUCGAGACGCUGAGCGAGUGGAUCAAGCACCGGCCCCAGAAGGUGGGCGCCUACCGCAGCUACAUCCAGGGCGGGCGCCCCUUCACCAAGAAGUUCCGCAGUGCGGGCCAUGGCCGCGACACGGACAAGCGGCCAUCCCUGGGGCUGGUGCCCGGGGCCCUGGCCGUGGUGGGCCGCAGUGCCGGGGGUGAGCUGGGGCCCGAGGCUGGCCGGGCGGCCGACGGUGGCGAGCGGCCCCUGGCAGCCAGCCCACCGGGCACAGUGAAGGCCGAGGAGCACCAGCGGCAGAAUAUCAACAAAUUUGAGCGCCGACAAGCCCGGCCCCCCGACGUCCCUGCAGCCCGGGGGGAUGAGGAGGCCCAUGACCUGCAGCAGAAGCUGGAGGAGGUGCGGCAGCCCCCACCCCGCGUCCGGCCAGUUCCCUCCCUGGUGCCCCGGCCCCCCCAGACAUCACUCGUCAAGUUCGUUGGCAACAUCUACACCCUCAAGUGCAGGUUCUGUGAGGUGGAAUUCCAGGGCCCCCUCUCCAUCCAGGAGGAGUGGGUACGGCACUUACAGCGGCACAUCCUGGACAUGAAUUUCUCCAAAGCGGAUCCCCCACCCGAGGAGCUUCAGGCCCCACAGCCACAGACACCGGCAGCAGAGGCACCCUAACACAGAAGCAUUCCGGACCCCUCCUGUGCCCCCUCUGCCCCUCUCCCUCUGCCUCCAAGUCCUCCUCCUCUCCUCCUCUCUCUUCCGUUUCCAAAGGAGCAAGCCAAAACCUCACACCGGUGCCCCUCAGGGGCCGGGUACACUACAGAUGGGGUGCUGGGAGCCAGCCAGCCGCCCUUCCCCAGCCAGAGGAUGUGGGGCCGCAGGGCGUCUUCCUCUAGCCCACCAGGGACAGCAGCUGGGGCUCGGGGUCCAGCAGAUCCGGCCCCAGGGCAGGACAGGGCUCCCCCGCCCUGCCUGCCGUCCAGCAGCCAGGCAAGGCCUUGUCUGCUCUCCGCGGCCAUCCGCAGAGACCCCAAAGACCCCUAUUCUGGUUCCUUCUUGCCCCCACGAGUGUCCUCUCGUGCACGCGCACACACACGCACCUCGUGAGACCUGGGGUCUGCCCCAGCCCCCCAACCCACAGUCCCCGAGUCACGCAACCACGUCAUGCCACGGUGCUUGCUCAGGGGAAGCCACGCUCCCUCUGCUGGGUCCCCCGGGGCCCAGGAGCCCCCCACUGAGCCCACGAUGCCACGGAAAUCCUCGCUGGCCGCCCCCUCCGGAGGGGCCUUCCCCGUCGGGAAACCCUCAGAGCUCACAGCUGCCCCCUGCCAGGUCACGGCCCCCCAGAGCCUCGGGGGCUCCGGGGCCCUGGGGGGUGGGAGUCUUCCCCCCACCCCUGAACCCCUCCCUGCCCCCCUUUUCACUGUUGCUUUCUAUGUAUAGCUCCCUAGUUCUCUCACUUUUUUAAAAACUCGUUUUGUGUAGAGAAUAAGGAACGUCGAUCUUUUUAUUUUGCAAUCCUGGGCCAGGUUAAAAAAAAGCAAAACAAACAAAAAAACAGGAGGCGAUUGACCUUUUAACUUUUUUCAGUGGCCAUGUUUUGGUUAUUGAUGUACCUAGAAGUAUGUAAAUUAGAUUAAAUUUCUCUUCUGGAAACACA